UUCAUAUUAGCCAAAUUUUAUAUCGUUUGUAUAUUUGAUCGCGUGUGUCUUAUAAAAGUUGAAAGUUGAUAAAUAAAAGUGCAAAAUGAGUGAAGCAACUGCAAGCGAGACAAAUGUUGAUGUUGUUGCAACAACAGCUGCAGCUAUAAAGCCUGCAACGGAACCGGAAACGGAAGCAACUGCUUCAAAAAUACCCAAGGGAUUGACUCGCUCCAAUAUACCCACACCGGCCGCGUCUGUAACGGGCAUACCCAUAAAGCAAAGGCCGCCUUCAAACUUCGGCUCAUCGAAUUCGAUAUCGAAAAUCGGACGACCCUGUUGUACGCAUACAACACCAAAAACGGGACCUCCACCCAGAGAUACAAACAGCAUGAGUCGUGAAAGCGAUGACAAUUUGAGUUCGAUCAAUUCGGCGUACACAGAUCACAACAGCACCGUGCUGACAGCCAACACAGAGCAGUUUAUAAUUGGCCAACGAGUGUGGGUGGGCGGACUGCGUUCCGGCCAAAUAGCCUACAUUGGCGAGACACACUUUGCCCCCGGCGACUGGGCGGGCAUUGUGCUCGAUGAACCAAAUGGCAAAAACGAUGGCUGCGUCUCGGGCAAGCGUUACUUCCAGUGUGAGCCAAAGCGCGGCAUCUUCUCGCGUCUCACACGUCUCACCACAUAUCCGCUAUCGGGCGCCAUGACCCCCACAUCGCCCCUGGCCAAAAACUCUCCAGAACGUUCACGCACAGGGUCCCCAACAGCCAGCGUGCGUAGCUCCAUGAUGCGCAGCCCUGGCAUUGGCAAGAAUGGUCUGACGGUGGGCGAUCGGGUGAUUGUCUCCUCGGGCUUUGGCAGUCGACCGGGCAUCUUGCGCUAUUUGGGAGAGACACAGUUUGCUCCGGGCAACUGGUGUGGCGUUGAACUGGACGAGGCCAGCGGCAAAAAUGAUGGUGCCGUUGAUGGCAUUAGAUAUUUUGAGUGCAAACCGAAGUACGGCGUAUUUGUGCCAAUUGCCAAGGUGUCGCUAUCGCCAUCCACAAAGAAGUCGCGUCUAUCGCGCACCGGUUCACGCGAAUCUUUAACCUCGAUUGGCACCAUGAACAGCAUUGCCACAACAAAUACGUCGCGCAUGCGUAUGAAUGCUCAGCGCAAAUCGAGCACGCCCAUAAGGCCAAUUGUUACGCCGACAAAAAGUCAAUUUUCCAUGCAGGACUUGCUGCGCGAGAAGCAACAGCAUGUGGAGCAGCUAAUGGUGGAGCGGGAUCUCGAUCGCGAGGAUGCACAGAAUCAGGCGUUGCAGCAGCAAAAGAACAUCAAUGAGUUGAAGGCUCGCAUUUUGAAGUUGGAGUCGCAAUUGGGCGACGAGCGCAAGAAAUCCGAAGAAUUGCAAUUUUCAAUAGAUGAAGCUCAGUUCUGUGGCGAUGAAAUGAAUGCGCAAUCCCAGGUGUAUAAGGAAAAAAUACAUGAUCUGGAAAAGAAAAUAACUCAGCUAGUCUCAGCCACGCCCAGUUUACAAAACAUACCACCUGUGGAGGAAAACGCUGCUUUAUCUGCUGCCCAGUCACAAAUAUCUGAAUUGCAGGACAAGUUGAGCGAGCAGGAAAAGUUGAGUGAGGCGCGUCUGGCCGAGUCCCUGGAGGAGGAGAAACGAUUGCGUGAGAACAUAACAUAUCUGCAGUCGCAGAAUGCAUCGCUGCAAACGGAGCUGGUGGCCAAGGAUGAAAGUCUGGAGAAAUUCUCUCUCUCGCAGUGCGGCAUUGAGAAUCUGCGACGUGAGCUGGCGCUGCUCAAAGAAGACAACGAGAAGCAGGCAAUGGAAACAAAAGCGAACUUUGAACAGAAACUGGCAGCUAAAGCGGAGCAACUGCAGCAGGUCAACAACGAGUUGCAGAAGCUGAAGAACAACUCUGAUAAUCUAGAGAGUGAAAGGGAAACCGUGACAGAUGAGUGUGAAAUACUGCAGACGGAGAUUCGCAUGCGGGAUGAGCAAAUCAAGGAGCUGAGUCAACAGCUGCAUGAGCUCACCACGGAUCUAAAUGUGCAGAAGGCGGACAGCUCAGCGCUGGACGAGAUGCUCAAGGUGCAGCAGUUGAAUAAUGAUGAGAACAAGUCUCAAUUCGAGCAGCUUCAACUGAAUCACAAUCAACUCAAGGCAGCUCACGAACUACUGGAUAAGGAGAAGCAGCAGCUGCAACAACAACUCAGUGACAUGCAACAAGCGGCAGAGAAGCAACUGCAAGUCAGUGGCAACCACGAGAAGAAGCUAGAGCAGCAGCAAGCGGAGCAACAGCAGCUUAAGCUACAAAAGGAUGCACUCGAGGAGCUGCUGGAGACGCUGAAAAAGGAGUUGAAUUUAGUGCAGCAAAACACGCAAGCGCAGUUGGAAGAAAGGAAAGCAGAAACCAGCGAAAAGGAGGCAAUGCUGAAGGAGCUAUCAAACUCCUUGGAACAAUUGCAGCAGCAGCUAAGAGAAAAGUCCAAAGAACAUGAAGAUCAAAUGGCCAAACAGGAGCAGCUAAAACAAAAGCAAGUCGAGCAGGAAAAGCAGCUGACAGAGACGCAUGUCAAGUUUGAAGAGUUGGAAAAAACCAACAAGGCAACACUAUUGCAGCUGGAGCAACUGCAGCAACAGGCAACACUUAGUGGCGAGGCAGGAGCAAAAGAAUUGGCAAAACUGCAGAAGGAGCUGCAAGAAACUCAAACAAAAGAGAAGCAAUUACAAAGCGACCUUAAAUCACAAUCUGGAGAGUUGGAAAGCACAAAGUUGCUGCUGCAGACGACACAAGCAACACUCGAGCAGCAGACAGCGGAACUUGAGGCAGCCAAAUUGCAAGUGGCACAAACAGAAACCCAACUCAAAGUUAGCGCCGAAAAUUGUGCCCAACGUGAACUGGAAUUGGGUGAUGUGAGGCGACAACAUGAGGCAUUGCAACUGAAAAGCGAUGCGUUGCAGCAGCAGCAUGAAACGCUGCAAACAGAGCUGCUGGCAGCACGCGGUGGCGUCUCACAGUUGCAGGCAACUUUAAAGCAGCUCAAUGAGGAAUUAUUAGUCAAGCAACAGAGUUAUUCGGCCCUGGAGAGCAAAAGCAGUGGACAAUGCCUCGAACUGGCCAGCGACAAUGAGUUGUUGCAACAAACGAACGCCAGGUUGCAGCGUGAGCUGAAGGAGAUCCAAGAGCAGCUGGAAAAACUGCAAGUUGAAUCGAAUCUAAAGCAAACACAGCUCAGUGAACAGGAACAACUUGCCACACAGCGGGAACUCGCCUUGGGAGAUGCGCAGAGGCAACAGGAGCAAUUGGUUGCACGCAGCCAGGCAUUGUUGCAACAAAAUGAAACGUUGCAACAGCAGUUGACAAAUAUGCAGAGCAGCUCCACCGACUCCAAUGCGGAGCUGGUGAAACUCUCGCAACAACUUGUGGAGCAGCAGCAAGCGAACGAGCAACUUGCCACCAAGGCCAAUGAGGAACGUGCCGCACUCGAGCGACAGCUGCAGUCGAGUCAACAGCGUCUGGAUGCGCUCUGCGCCCAGGUGGAGCUGUUAACCCAGGAACUGGCCACAAGCACGGAGCAAAGCAAUCAGCUCAACGGCAAACUCAAGACGGAGCAGGAAAUGGCCGCCAAGCAGACACUGGAGUUAAGUGAUGCCACAAGGAAACUAGAAGCAGCCACCGGCAAGUGUCUGCAGCUGGAGCAGCAACAGGAGAAGCUGCAGCAGGAGCUAAGCAACGUGAGAGCUGAACACACAGAACUUACCACAAAAUUCAAUCAGCUGACCCAGCAAUUGUCCCUGUCUCAAAAGGAGCUGAGCACGCAGAAGGAUGUGAGCUGCGAGCAGCGUUUGCAGCUGGAAAGGGAGCUGCAGGAGGCGCGACAACAGCUGCAAGCCAGUCAGGCCAACAUGAGUGAGACGCAGCUCCAGGAAAACACGCAAAGGGAGAAGCUCAAAGCGGAGGCAGAGAAGCGGGAAAUGAAACUUCAAGAAGAACUAAAGCAGCUACAGGAAAGACUCUCCCAGUUGCAAGCCGAGCAACUGCAGCAGAGCAGCGGCAAUGAGCUAGUCAUCAAGGAGCUGCAGGAGCGCCUGGAGAUAACAAACAGUGACCUACAGCACAAGGAGCAGCUGGCUCGCGAGGAUGCACAAAAGAUAACAGACUUGAAGACACUUGUGGAGGCCAUUCAGGUGGCCAAUGCAAACAUCUCAGCAACCAAUGCCGAGUUGUCCACUGUGCUGGAGGUGCUCCAAGCCGAGAAGAGCGAAACGGCGCACAUAUUCGAGCUGUUUGAAAUGGAGGCAGACAUGAAUGCGGAAAGACUGAUUGAAAAGUUGCAGGGCAUGAAGCUGGAACUGCAGCAAACCCACAGCCAGCUGGAGAUUCAACAGACCAGCCAUAAGGCAUUGCAGGAGCAGCUACAACAACUGCAACAAAGUGAGCUAAAUCUACAGGGCACAGCUGUGGAGGCCGCCGAGCAACUGCGUCAGCUGCAACAGGCCAAUGGCGAACUCCAAGAUGCAGUGCAGCAAAAGCAGGCAAGGAUUAGCGAAGCAGAGCAACAGCUGCAAAGCCAGCAAACUCAAUUCGAGUCCCUACAGAGCAGCCACAAAGACUUGCAACAAGAACUGCAGCAGCUGAAACAAUCUAGCCAAGAUUUACAGUCAUCCAAGCUCAAAUUGGAGGAGCAACUGCAGCAGCUCCAAGCGGCCCAUGUGCAGCUACAACAGCAGCUAGAAAAGGGCAACGAAUUCGAUGCCCAGCUGGCGGAAUAUCAAAAGGUCAUCGAUGAAAUGGAUGAAGCCUCUAGCGAAAAGUCCACACAGCUGCAGCAGCUCCAAAGUCGCAUCACAGAGCUGGAGGCGGGACUGCAUCAGGCACAGAAAACCGAGCAAAUGAUGCACAUGGAGUGUCAACAGUUGACACGGCAAUUGCAGGCUCUGGAGCUGGAGGAGGCACGAGAGAUUAUGGCACUGCGCGCUAAUGGCUCACCAGCCAACAAAGCAAAUACACAUGAGCAACUGGAUACGGAAACCAGUCUGGCGAAGAUCAACUUCCUCAACUCCAUCAUUGCGGAUAUGCAGCAGAAAAAUGAUGCGCUGAAAGCCAAAGUGCAGACGCUGGAAACCUUGCCCAUGGACUUUACCAAACCUCAAGCCUUUGAUCUGCUGAGCAAACGCAAACCGGCUCCACGUCUCUUUUGCGACAUCUGCGAUGAGUUUGAUAAGCAUGAAACCGAGGAUUGUCCACUGCAAGCUAGCGAGGAUCGGGAUUACUCCCCGCCACCGCUCGCCGAGGCCAACAAUAAUGAUAAAAAGGAACGCAAGUUGCCAGCUCCACGCAAAUACUGCGAUUCCUGUGAAGUCUUUGGACACGAUACUAGCGAGUGCGCAGACGAUGAGACCUAUUAAAGCUAAGACAAUUUUGUUGGCUGUUUUAACACACACACACACACAUACUCUUUUGAAUGCCAAUCAAUCGGAUUGAAAGACUUUUUACCUCAGCGGUGCUAUGGAUAACGAAUAUCUACAAAUCCUAACUAAACUUUUGCACCGAAUUUGUGGGAUUAGCAUUUGAUUGGCUAUUUUUAAAUUGUUUUUUAUUUAUUUAUACAAAUAGUGAAAUUAUUUCUAUUGUUUCGUAAAUGUCUUGUAAAAAUAAAUGAGUAACUAAAUUUAA